AUGGCGAGAGACGUCAGUCAUCCGAGCCGGGAGACCUCGUCUGCAAAGCGCCUAGGCGGCGCCGCCUCGGUCCUCUUCCUCGCCUUACGCUCAAUAGUCGUCUGCUAUUUCCUGUCUUGCUCUGAAGCUUCGGCGAGCUUGCUUGGCAAGGAGCACGACUACAGCACUAGUCCCAAAUUUGUUUGCAUUCCCAUCCCUCCAGAAGCAGACCCCAGCUGCUACUCGCCACCCGGUGUUCCCCAUGGCCCCGGCACCAACGGCCACGGUGGAAACCACCACAGGAUUCUGAUAUCGGAUGAGGCCAAAGCCACCAUCUUGCACCUCCGGGAGAGCCUGGUCAGGCAGAAGGAAACCAUUCUGGACCAGCGCGAGACCAUCAGGGAGCUCAUCGCCAAACUCACGUUGUGCGAGGGGUUUGGCGGUCACCAUAGCAACGGCCACCACAGCGACCAUCACGACAAUCAUCACACCGACCAUCACGACAAUCACCACACCGACCAUCACGACAAUCACCACACCGACCAUCACGACGACCAUCACGACGACCAUCACGACAAUCACCACACCGACCACCACGACGACCACCACGACGGCCACCGCGCCGGACCGGGCUCACACCAUGGGUCCCAUCACGACACCGAUCAUCACUUUACCCACGGCGGCCACAGGUCCAACCCCCAUCACCGGGAGUCGUACGCUAAACACGGCUCCUUCUCGCCGGAGCAGACUGGGAAAACCCUGCAGACUUUGAAGGAGCGUCUGGAGAACCUGCAGGCGAGGAAUUCCUCCAGCUCCUACUCCAGCUCCUUGCGGGAACUCCUCCAGCGCAAGAUCAACGCACUGGAGGAGCAGCUGCAUAGCUACUACAGGGACCGCCACGACGACCACCACCACGACGACCGCCACGACGACCACCACCACGACGACCACCACCGUGAGAACCACCACGACGACCACCAUCGGGACAACCACCACGACGAUCACCACGAUGACCAUCACGACGAUCACCACGGUAACGGCCGUCACGAUGACCACUACAACGGUCACCACGGGAGCAAACUGGAAACCGUCCUCAGCCAGCUGCACCACGCAGGAGGCCACAAGAAGCUGAAGAGCUCCAGUGCCUUCCUGCUGGACUUCCCCAUGAGGACGAACUACUUGUACGCCAGAAUGAAGCGCUCCUUGGCGACGGAGAUCUUCGCCUUCACCGUAUGUCUGCGCCUGAAGGCGGGCGCAGGCCCCGGAGUGGGGACGCCCUUCUCCUACGCCGUGCCGGGCCAGGCCAAUGAGCUGGUGCUCAUCGAGUGGGGUGCGAAUCCCAUGGAACUUCUGGUGAACGACAAGGCGGUGACGCUGCCCGUGACGUUGAACGACAGGAAGUGGCACCACGUGUGCGUGACGUGGGCGACGCGUGACGGCGCGUGGGAGGUGUACCAGGACGGGGUCAGGAAAGGAUCGGGUCAGAACCUGGCAGCCUGGCACGCCAUCAAACCAGGAGGGAUGUUUCUUCUCGGGCAAGACCAGGACACGAUGGGGGGCCGCUUCGACGUGACGCAGUCGUUCACCGGAGAACUGGCGGACGUUCACGUGUGGUCGCGAGUUCUGGCGCCAGCGGAGAUCUACAGGCUGUCGUCGUGCGGAGUUCGCCUACCGGGCGACGUGGCGUCCUGGGAGCAGGAGGCCGUUGAGCUCCACGGCGGCCUGGCGGAGUUCCCCUUCGACCCCUGCCACUGAGCCCCCGUUGGUCUGCCUUCUCCCCGACCGGGACCGGACGAGCGCCGGCUCCCUUCCUGACUUGCUUACUCGUACUCGAUUGGGCGUCCGCCCCGUUUGGGAGCGUGGCGACGCAACCGCUCUUGGUUCCAGCUUUCCAUACCAGUGAGACGUCCUGGGUCCGGAAUGCACGGGCUCGCCGCUCGAAAGCGUAAUUUGCCAACCGAAUUUGAAUUGCUAACACGACACCCCUCGCUAAAACCCUAAUUUUCCCCCCUAACUUCAAACCUUGAAUCGCGAGCGAACUCUCCACCCCAAGCUGCAACUCGGCAUCUUGGACCACAGUGACGUCCUGGGUCUUUCCUCCGCUGGGCUGGACCUGGACCUCUUCGCCGGGCAGGUGUCCGGGAGGCCUCCUAACCGGAUCCUGGACCCCCACCUCUUCCAACUUCUCCCCAACACCCUGAGAUACUCGAGGGAGGUCUCAUCUCCGACUUCCUCCGUUCGAGAAAAUUUGCACGAUGACAUUCAAGCGAUAUUGGACACCGGACGGGGUCACCGACGAGACUGCGAAAAGGAGCGGACAACGGACUCCGGUUUUCUGCGUCGUAAUUGGAUGAGCAGAUUGCGUAAGCGCACAUGAGCCGCAUGUCCAGCCGCCGCUAACCUUACCUCGACGUGUCACCACGCUAAUGACGGACGUCCCAGCGCCCGCCCGUGGCUCACGGCGAGAUUGAGCGCCCAUGAUUGCACACACUCACAACUUUUGUUGCCAAGGCAACUGAGGUGAAGAAUUACAUGUCGA